UCCUUCAAGCAGCUAGAUUUCAGCUGCAGAUGCUGAUCUGAGAAGUAGGCAAUAGAGAUGAUGUUUUGUGUUGCCUCUUCUUAUGGGGAGAGAGAAGAGGCCUGAGGUGGGGAAAGAUUGUCCCUGGGGGAAUGGAGAUUCUCAUCUUUGUUGCAGAGCAUCCUGGUGUUUGAUGUAUAAAUUAACCUUCUGUGGAGAACAGAAAUCCUAAAGGCUCUCUCAAAUCAUUAUGGCUCAGUGUUCAAAUGCACGUCCAACACCCAUUCCAUGUUUGGAGCUGCAGAAUUACCAGCCAGUAUGCAAAAGGCAGCCUCAGGCUGACCUUUGCUGACCUAGAAGGCAACCUGUUGCUCCCCACCCCACUACCCCCUUGGGAACCCUAAGCAUGCUUCCUCCCAUGCUAGCUUAGUUUUGUGUACUUUCUGGGCUGGACAGCACGUUUCAAACAAAGCGGUGAAACGUUGUUUGCAUUCUCUAAAAGUUCCAACAUUGCCAACAGGCAAUAUUGAGAAAUGGUGUAGGUGGAUGUUAUUGUUUCAUUUUGAACAUGCUUACCUUCCCUUUUCCUUGCAUGCAUGGAGUUGAGUUAUAAGGAGAGUCACUUGGGCAGGGAGCUUAUAUGUGCCAAAGCAGUACUCUAAAGGCAUUGCCUAUUCUUAGCUGAGGUGCUCAUAUUUGAAAAGCCCUAUAUGAAAAACAAAGUGAGAAAUCCUGAUUUCUCCGCAGCCAAAUUAUUCUUCUAAGGUUCUGCCCAUACUGUUUCAUUUCUAGCACCUGCUCUUUUCUUCUUGUCAAGCUUUGUUCCCCUCUAGCCAUCAUCAAAAUGAUAAUUUUGACCCAAAGCAGACAGGACAGAAUUCCAGGUGGAAAGUGGGCAAAAAAGAAUCAUUGGCAGAGCUAGAAGACCAGUUGUGGCUUUCCUUAAAGCUUUGUCUUUAAAACAAACAAACAAGCAAACAAUAUUUUCUGAAUUUCCUUCAGAAGAAAGAGCAACAAGCAGGAAAAGCUAAUGGACUUUGAGCUUUCAAAUAUAAAUAGUAUUUGCAUUUGGGAAUACAAAUACGCUGAAAUGGAAAAUUGCAUUAGUGUUUGUUUAUUUUGUUCAAUUUACAGUAUAUGGCCACCCACUCACCAGUAUCUCUGAGCAGUUAACAACAUUAAAAAGAACAAGAAAUGCAAAUUUAAUAAAUCUAGGAAAAGAUAUACUGUAAAAAAGCACAGCCCUAUAGUGCUGGGGUCAAAAUUCGCUUUAAUUUUAACAAAUUGGCAACUCAUGGAGCAUCCUGGUCCAAGGCCCAAGGAGAAAGCCAGUUUCAAGGCCUGCUAAAGGCUAGCAUGGUCACAGCCACCCAGAUCUCUGGGGAAGGGGGGAAUACUCUUCCAAAGGGCAAUACUGUGACAAAGUAACUUCCUUGGUCCUGCCAGAUGGCACUGUUUAAUAGAGGGGACCCAGAACAUGCCAAUCUAUCUGAUCUUGUUGGGCAGGCAGAGACAAUCAGGCAGGGAUUGUCCUUUACCUCAAAUACUUUGGUCCUGGGCCAUGAAGGACUUUGUAGGCAAUAUCAGCACUUUGAUUACACAUGGAAUCCUGUGAGUAACCAAUGUACCUUGCGCAGGAAUCGUGUUAUAUGGGUGCACAUAUAGCUACCUGUGUUCCUGCAUUCUGGAUCAUCUGUAACUUCCCAGUGACCUUCAAACAUAGCCCUGUAUAAAGUGCAUUGCAGUCAUUCAAGUGAGAGGUCACCAAGGCAUGAGUAACCAUGAGGAGAGGAAUGGGCACAACUAGUGCAUAAGAUGGAUUUGGGCAGAGGCCCUCCUAGCAACAGCUGCUGCCUGCUCCUUAAACAGAUGCUGCAAGUUCAGGAAGUACCCCAUACUAGUUCUGACUGAGUAGUGCAGCCCUCUCCAGAACUAAAAAUGGAAAGUCUCCAGGAAUUGGUAGCCCUAAAACUCAUAGCCACCUGGUCUUGUAAGGGUUAAGCUGUUCCCCAUCCAGACCACCACAGCCCCCAGGCAUUGAGACAGAACUUGAUGGUAUCAGUUGGGCAACCAGGGGUUCAAGAUGUACAAUGGAGUAUCAUCAAUGUUCAGAUGAUAUUAACUCCAUGUCAGCAGAUGACCUCUCCAGUGGCUUCAUACCCAUGCCUGAAACUCUACUGGAAGGGGUUCAGAUAAUCUGCUUCCUCCACAGCCCAGUGAAGUUGUAGCUUGACCACUUUGUCAACAACCUUCCCCCCAUAUGGAAGAUCUUUCAGCUUUUUAUUUCAAGUUAACAGCCAUUAAUGAUUAUGAAGCGUUGCCUUGUUAGCCAGACAGAAGUGUGUCUCCAUCCAAACACACUGAGAAGGGACUCGUGCAUCUUUCAGUAUCUUUCCAGUUGCUCCUGUUUCUGUGUUGCUGCUGUUAGAAUGUAAUCACCACAAUAUUUAAGACAAUGCAUUAGGUAGAACAGAACGUGCUAUAUAAAUCUAACAUCUCUUAUGUUUCUAUUUUCCAGAUUUUCCAUUUCCAUUUUCUUGGCUAACUGGUUAUUUGGCUAUGUUAGUAGGAGCAGGCAUGACCUUCAUUGUUCAAAGCAGUUCAGUGUUCACAUCUGCUAUCACUCCACUUGUUGGAAUUGGAGUUAUAAGUAUUGAACGGGCCUACCCCCUAACCCUGGGAUCUAAUAUUGGUACCACCACAACAGCUAUUCUAGCUGCACUGGCCAGUCCUGGAAAUCGACUGAAAUAUUCCUUACAGAUUGCUUUGUGCCACUUCUUUUUCAAUAUCUCUGGGAUCAUCCUCUGGUACCCGCUUCCUUUUAUGCGCCUCCCCAUUCGCCUGUCAAAGGGUUUAGGGAAUAUAACUGCCAAGUACAGAUGGUUUGCCAUUUUCUACCUCCUCUCCUGCUUCUUCUUGAUCCCCUUGGCUGUCUUUGGCCUUUCGGUGGCUGGUUGGCCAUACCUGGUGGGCGUGGCUGUUCCCAUCUUUGCAGCGUUGAUCUUUGUGCUCACCGUCCACCUUCUGCAAAAGAAGAAACCACAGCUGCUCCCUGAGAAGCUUCGAAGUUGGGAUUUCCUUCCUAGAUGGAUGCACUCCUUGCAACCAUGGGAUAACGUGAUAACCACUGCAAGCCUUACCUGUAGCAAAUACUGUUGCUGCUGCUGCAAACGUUGUCGAAACAAGGAGUCUGCCCAAAGCGAAGAAGCUAAGCACACGAAAGCCAUGGAAAUUCACGAGAACCCUGUAUCGCUGGCUGAUGAAGAGAAUGGCCUUUCCAAGGCAACUAAAGCAGGGCAAACAGACUUGAAUACUACUGCCUUGUAGCAGAAAGGGGGAAGUUGAGAAUGAAGGUCCAAGGACAGAAUGCUGAGGGGCCAGCAUAGAGGGAAAAAUGGGAAACGUGUGCCAGUGACUUGCGCUCAUUAAGAAGAUUGCACCAGUGAUGAGUAACAAUGGUUGUCAGCAGAUCUUAAGUCAUGUCUAAAUCAUGAGCUGCACAUUCAGAUCAUCCGCAAUGUCAAGACCAGGGAACAAGUGAAGUCCCGUACUUGUCUGCAGACUAAGAAAGGCCUGUGGACAAGUCCUCCACUUGUUCUUAAAGUUCUGCGGGCAAGCAGUGCUUCUGUUUGUCACUGCUAAAGCGCGCUCAUUUGCAGUCCUGUAGAAGUCCAACUUACUCCACGUUCUUCAUCAGCAGACCCACACGUAUGACAUAUAGCCACAUG